CUUUUCCUAACGCUUUCUACGUGAAUGAAAGGUUGUUCAUCUGACCAACGUGUGUGGAUGGUCCUCGCCCAGCUUCUUCUUGCGAGUCUCCAUCUUUGUUGGACCUCUGGGCUGUUGGUCAACGCGUUUAUAUGGAUGACUCCCGAUCGGCCGCCGCUCUCUUGUCGCUUGAGUUUGAACCUUUGUUUGAGAGCUGCAAAAGAAGGCAUGUCACAUUGGGAACACGAUAAUAUAGAUGGUUGGGAUUAGAAGUCGAAGGUUGUUAGGGGGACCAUCUUAGAGGAAGUAAUACGAGGCUAUCGCUACUUACAUUGCAAAGCCUCUGUGCUGCAUCUUUUACGCCUCAAAGUGCCUGUUUCGAUAUGCAUGUUGGCGGCAUAACCAAAAUUCGCCUACACGAAGAUGUACAAUUCCUUGUCCGGUGCGAUCGCUCUUGCAGGUGCGAGUCCUCGUAGGGCACCAUACGCUUCCGCGUUGGAGAUCCCCACUAAAUUCGAUUCAAAUUAUUACUCUGUUGCCUUUACGGAACCACCACAUAAAGAAG